AUGCGUCGCAGCCAAGCCCCUAGCCAGAUCGGCUCCAGCAACGCCGUUUUCAAAAGCCCGCUGCUAGAAUCGAAACGAAAUAAACGGCGGGAGUGUACGAAGAUACCAUUAACACAGAAAUCAGUGUCUCAAGCGGCGGCGGCUUCUGACCACGAGAAUAUAAUUAAGGCGAUACUCAGUAAGCCUUUUCAAGUUCCCAUACCUAACUAUGUGUCAUCGUUUUGUGGGAAAAGUUUGGGUCUGAAGAGGACUCAGGUUAGGCGAGCCUUACACGACCCUGACGAGCUUAAUGCAUUGGUAUUGUACCGGCCACCACACAUACCCGAACAUGAGAAGAUGAAGAUGAACCCUAACGACAUAAGAGUUGCUGUGGUGGUAGACCCAGUGCUAGGGAACGUCUUACGACCUCACCAGAGAGAAGGUGUGAAGUUUAUGUACGAUUGUGUUACUGGACACCAGAUAGAGAACGCUUAUGGAUGUAUUAUGGCUGAUGAGAUGGGUUUGGGUAAAACCUUGCAGUGUAUCACUUUAUUGUGGACAUUACUGAGGCAAGGACCUGAAUGCAAACCCACAAUCUGUAAGGCAAUCAUUGUUUGCCCAAGUAGUUUGGUCAAGAACUGGUACAAUGAAAUCCACAAGUGGUUGGGACAGAGAAUCAAUGCUCUAGCCAUGGAUGGAGGCUCUAAAUCUGAAAUUACAUUCAAACUCCAACAAUAUAUGAACACAUACUCUGCAACACGAGUAGCUACCCCAGUUCUCAUCAUUUCAUAUGAAACAUUUAGAAUUUACUCUAGUAUUCUCCACUCAUCUGAAGUUGGAUUAGUCCUCUGUGAUGAAGGCCACAGACUGAAAAACUCUGAGAACCAAACAUAUCAGGCAUUGAUGGGUUUAAAAGCGAAGAAAAGAAUUUUGAUAUCGGGCACUCCAAUACAGAAUGAUUUGACAGAAUACUUCAGUUUAGUACAUUUUGUUAAUGAAGGUAUUUUAGGCACAGCACAUGAGUUCAAGAAGAGAUAUGAAAAUCCAAUAUUGAAGGGUCAAGAUGCCUUAGCAAGUGAAUCGGAAAGAGAGAGGGCACAAGAGUGUCUUGCAACAUUAACAUCCAUAGUCAACAAGUGUAUGAUCCGCAGGACAAGCAGUUUACUUACAAAAUACUUACCGGUAAAGUUUGAACAAGUCAUAUGCUGCAAAAUGACUCCACUUCAGACACAGUUGUAUAAAAACUUCAUCAAUUCCGAUGCUAUCCGCAACAAGUUCAGUGGCCAUGCUGAAAAGAAUACUCUCAGUGCUCUAUCUAGUAUAACUACCCUGAAAAAAUUGUGCAAUCACCCAGAUUUAGUGUAUGAUAAAAUUGUAGAGGGAGCUGAAGGCUUUGAAAAAGCUAUGAGCCUAUUACCAAGUUAUUAUGAUUCUAAAGAUGUCAGGCCAGAAUUAUCAGGAAAACUAAUGAUUUUAGACUGUAUUCUUGCUAACCUAAAGAUGAAUACAGAUGAUAAAAUCGUCCUUGUUUCUAAUUACACACAAACAUUAGAUUUAUUUGAGAAACUAUGUAGAAAGAGAGGUUACAUGUAUGUUAGGCUUGAUGGAUCAAUGACAAUAAAGAAGAGAGCAAAAGUUGUCGAGAGCUUCAACAAUAAAGAAAAUAAGGAGUGGAUAUUUAUGCUGAGUUCCAAAGCUGGUGGAUGUGGUCUCAACCUUAUUGGUGCUAACAGACUUAUCAUGUUUGACCCUGACUGGAACCCUGCUAAUGAUGAACAGGCCAUGGCCAGAGUGUGGAGAGACGGGCAGAAGAAACCAUGCUACAUAUACAGGUUACUAGCCACAGGGACCAUUGAAGAAAAGAUAUUCCAGAGGCAAGCACAUAAGAAAGCAUUAAGUGACACUGUAGUUGAUCAAAAUGAAGAAUCUCUAAGGCAUUUCACUUCUGACGACUUAAAGGAUCUGUUUAGAUUAGAGGAGAACACUUUAUCUGACACCCACAGCAAGUUCAAAUGCAAGAGAUGCAUAAACAACAUACAAGUAAGACUUCCACCAGAAAAUUCGGACUGUACUUCUGAUCUGUCGAACUGGUACCAUUGUGCAGACAAGAAGAACUUGGCAGAUCUAGUUUUAAAACAGUGCUGGGAUGUGGCAAAGACAAUAUCAUUCGUUUUCCACCACAGAUCUGCACAGACAGAAGCUCCUCAAGUCAAAGAAGAAGAAAAAGAAAAUAUUCCACAACCAAAAAAACGGAAAAUUGAAAUUGAUGAAGAUUACUCAGAACCUGAUGACAGUGCUGAUGAAGAUUAUGAAUAA